AUGGCUCAGGUCAGAAAAAAAUGGAGUCAGACAUCUCACAAGACUUUCAGAAAAAAACUCAGCUGCUUCAUCUGCAUGAACUACCUUACAGACCCAGUCACCAUCAGCUGUGGACACAGCUUCUCAGCUGUUGAGGAACAGAGAAAGAAACUUCUAAAUCAAAUGAGAAACUUAUGGGACAAGGUCCAGGAAAAUCAGAAUAAUCUAAAUGAAGUGAAUAGAAUAAUCACCUCAUGGAUGGAUUUGGGAGAGAUACUGACAAGGAAUCGUAACACCAGUGGGAAAAUUAUCAUUACUGACAUGUUAGAUAUAACUAUUUAUGAAGAGAGCCAUGAAGCCACCAAUGGUCUGGACGUUAGUUGCAAUGCUGCAGUUUAUCAUUGUUGCUAUUAUGCUCACUGGGGAUCCCAGAGCUUCACCUCCAGGAAAUAUUACUGGGAGCUGGGUGCAAAUGACCCAUGGGACUGGGCUUCAGGGGUGUGCAAAGAUCCUUGGCUAAGAAAAUUUGGCCCACUAACUGGCUUAAAGGAUGUGUUUCUUAUAUUUGUGAGGGAGGGUGACCAUUGCAGCCUCCUGACCACUUCCCCAUCAUUUCUUCACUAUGUAGAGAUACGAGUAGGCUGGUUUGGCGUGCUCCUUGAUUGUGAUGAUAGAAGUGUGAGUUUCCUGAAUGUAGCCAAGAAUUCCCUCAUAUGGAAGUACCCUGCUGGCUCCUUCAAUUUCCCUAUAGGCCUUUCUUCUCCUUUUUCGCACAUGAUCAGGAGAAAGUCUAAGCCUGAGCAAUUUGUGACUCAGGGAACCUGUCUCAUUUGACAUCAAGGAAUAAUGCAGCAUUGAAGUAUUUGCUACUCUAUUGUUAACUAAUUUUUGUAAUUAAAUAUAUUUAAUAUGAAAUAUAAAAGAUGGUUGGCUAUGAUUUCUCUACAUGUGGUUCAAAUAUUCCACCUGGAACAUUUCUUAUGGAUGCUUGCACAUUUUUGUAUGUGCAAGAAAAGAUAUUCUUAUUCUUUUACUUUCCUAUUAUCAAAGCCAUUUUAUGUUUGCAACACGUUGAGAGAAAGCUGAAUUAAUUACCUCCUACAUACAUGGCCCUUCCAGUCUCUGGGAGGUCAGAAAAGCAGUUCCUUUAUCUUAUAUUAAAAUAAAUUGUCUGCCCUUCUGGUGUCCCUUCCCUAUCCUAAUGGUACAGGCAUGGAACAGAGUAGCAGAGGUUCUAAAAAAUACCAGGCAAAAUAAUUUGUCAUGGGAAAUGUUCUUUUGUAAUUACUGAGGAACAGACACCUCAAAAAUCACCUCAGAAACUGAGGAACUCAUUCUCAAGUAUUCACCUUCCCUCUAGCUCCUAAGUCUAAUGUUUCCUGUCCCUUAUGUUUCUUUCGUUUUACUUUGUUUAAACUUUUGAUUAGCCCAACAUGUAGGCAAGAUUCAAUUUUAUUUACUAUUGGAUUGCUUAUGAACAGUUGGAAUUGAGACUUAGGUUUACAACAGGAUAUUACAAGACUUAGAACAUAAGAAUUAUGUUUUGAUAUGUGUUUUUAUCUUCAUAUUGAGUUCUUUUUGCAUUUUGAUAUGCCUUAUGACAUCUUCUUAAGAGAUGACCAUGUGCUUUUGAGUUCUAAGAACUGGGGAGUUAAUUAGGUCUGUUUAGGGAGGGUGUAUGUUUUUAAGGCCAGAAGCUGGGCUUUGAUAUUUACUGGAGUUAUAUAUAGGUAUCUCAGGUUUCCAAUUACACUACAGCUGAUUUCCUCUUGAUUUGGGGACCUGCUAUGCAGUCCUUCUCCAAGAUAACCUGAGUGUUACACUGUUUUUUCAACUUCUAGUCCAUUAUUCUUCUGAAGCCUUAUAGAUGUGGUGGUCAUGGUGGCCAGGUGACAUUCUGAAAUGUUUCAGUUCAAUGUCAGGUUUUCAUUGGACCUAUGCAUUAUUCUGUAACAUUCACAGACCUUUGUUCUUACAAUUUUAUCCCAAUCCCUAAUUUGAUAUAGGAAUUCUCAAGGACAGAGUUAGAAGAAUGCCUUUCCCCCACAGCUCUGGGAAAAGAUACAUUUUAAAUCAUUUAUCCUGGAGGGUAAGCUGCUAUUACUGAAAAAUCUCUGGACAUAUUUCCCUGUGAUGUUUCAUUCUGGUUCAUGAAACAACUGUCCCAACUCUUCACCUUGAGAACCUGGUGGAUUUCCGCAAGUGGUGGGGGAGUCACCAAUACUGUAGCUGUCAGGAGUUGCUCUCAUAAAAAUCCAGCAAUUUAUCCACAGCACCAUGGUGUUCCCACCUCCUCACACCUCCAGCGGCUU